AUGUCUCUCCAACGUUUUCGGUUCUUACUUCGUUCUUUACGUUUCCACAUCAGAACCCGAUCUAUUCGUAAAAAGACUGAUAAACUGGCACCAAUCAGAGAUAUUUUUCAAGGAUUUGUAAAUAAAUGCUCUGAAUUCUAUCAAGUCAGCGAGCAGUGUACCAUAGAUGAAAUGUUAGAAAAGUUUAGAGGCAAGUGUUCUUUUCGCCAGUACAUUCCUACCAAACCUGGAAAAUACGGAAUUAAAAUUUAUUCGUUAGCAGAUGCUCAAAAUUUUUACACAUUGAACAUGGAGAUAUACUGUGGGAAAAAACCAGAAAAUAGUCCAUAUCAAACUGAGAAUAGUGCUAGUAGUCUGGUCCAACGAUUAAUUGUUCCUAUAUCAAAUUCUGGGAGAAAUGUAACGUGCGACAAUGUUUUCACUUCCAUCUCAUUGGCUAAAGACUUGUUACAAAAUCAUAACUUAACACUUGUAGGCACGCUUCGCAAAAAUAAAAAAGAAAUACCUCCUGUCUUUUUGGCUACCAAAGAAAGACCGCUCUUCAGUAGUAUGUUUGCCUAUGGGGAACAUUCACUUCUUCUUUCAUAUGUGCCAAGAAAAAACAAAAAUAUACUCAUGCUAUCAACGGCUCAUGAUACAGAUGACAUAAAUGCAGAUUCUGGAGAACGUUGUUUACCAGAAGUUAUAUCAUUCUACAAUAAACACAAAGGCGGAGUAGAUGUUGUAGACAAACUAAAGUCGUUGUAUUCAGUGUCAAGAAUGACGCAGCUAGAAAGAAAUGUACCUGCUCAAAUCAAAACUUCGAUUGGGAAACAACUAGGAAUUACAGAAACGCAAGUUGUGAGAACUGGUGAAAAUGUCUUUUGCAGUUUUUGUCCUCGCAGGAAAAAUAGAAAAACAAAAAGUAAAUGCGAUAUGGAACAAUGUGAUACGCCCGUCUGUGGGGAACACAAAAAACUGUAUGCGUUAGAUGCCAUGACAGUAUUAAUGCCGAUUCAGAAUAAUUUGUUUUUGCAGGUCGAAAAAAAGACCAUCGAAGAAGGAUUCGAAUAA